AUGCUUGAUUCACAACCGUACAUUAUACGAGUGAUGGAGGAGAUGGGGCUAGCCGAUGGUGGCUUCAUUCCGAUUGCGAACGAGGAGAACAAGCGGUUCCUGGAGUACAUUAACCGUUUGGGUGAGAAAAAGACCCAAUCCUCGGGCAAGUUGCAAAUCAGUGACCAGCGGCUAGGAAAUCUGAAAGUGCACCUGAAAAACGCUCAGAUUGAGUUUGAGCAUAACUCCAAGCUGAUCGGUGCGGAAAAGAGUCAAAUCUCUACCGAGGAUGGGUUGCUUAAAGUGGCUUCAAACGAUCGUGCCUACUUCCGGCAGCAGGUGCUGGAAGUGAAAAAAUCCCACUCGGAUUUGGAGAAACACGACCAUCGUGCUCAGGGGGACAUGACAAAACUCACGGCCAAUGUGGAGAAAUACACGGAGAGCAUCAAGUGGGCCAAAGGGGCGCUGCUGGAGUGGAAGCAGGUGAUGGGCAGCGGAGAGGAGACGAACAAGCUGAUCCUGAAGUACUCCAAACUGGACACCAGUCGGGCGGAAUCGUUGGAGGCGAAGCGCAAACAGUUGGAGAAUAAAAUUGCCCAACGAAGGGCGGUACUGGUGACGCUGUACGAGGAGUACAAAUCGUUGGAGCAGGUACUAGAGCGUACCUCACAGCUGUUUCGUUUGGCGCACCAUGAACGCCGGCAGCUGGUUCGAACGUGGAAGGAAGCGGUCAAGCAUAUGAAUCAACGCGAACGGUAUAUCAAAGACGUAGAGGCCGAAAUUGACACGGCACGGGACGUGACAGAUAAGCUGCAGGGAGAUAUGCAGGCGCAGGUUGAAUUUUUGGAGGAGCAGCAAAGAAACAACCAGGAAAUCGAGAUACGCAUUGGCGAUCUCAACGUCGAGGUUUCGAAGCUAAGGAACCGUCUGACGAUCUUGAACGAUAGCGUUCAGCUGAAGACGAACGAGUACCAAGUAACGCGCAAAUCGGUGCAGAACCUAUCGAACAAGUUGUCCGCCAUGCGUAGCCGUAACAACCAUGCGCUCAACGAGGAAGAUCAGAAGAAAAACCAGAUUCACACGAACCUGAGCGAGCUGGAGAUACUGCGGGACAAGUUGGACAAUUUCCGCAGCAAGAGCAUGUGUGCGCAAGAGCGGCUCCGGCAGCUUAACGAAAUGGUGGAGUCGGAGGAAAAGCAGAUUCGAGCCAUGGAAACGGAAACGACCCGACUCUCGACCGCCCUGUACCGAGCACAGCAGCAACUGUUCGCCAUGAAGGAGGAAGACAAGUUGCUAAAAACUGAGGUGUACUCUACCGAGUCGGGAAUAGGCAAGAUCAGGGCGGCGAAAAAGGCGCUUACGAAGGAAAUCGCCCGGCAGAUUGAAAUCUCCUACGAUGUGGACUACAGCAUGGAGAAGGUGCAGGCAAGAAUCGCCAACAUGAAGGGGGCGGGCGACAGGCAGGAAGAGGAAAAUCGUGUCCACGCAAAGUUGGUGUACGCCGCGGCAGUGCUCGCCCAGCGUAACGAACAUUUAACCACCCUCCUGGGGGAAACGGCAAGGACGCAACAGGAAUAUAGACAAUCGAGUUUGGUCUAUCAGCAGGACGCCGCCGAAAUUGAGCGUAUGACCGGCAAGUGGAAGGAAAAGACACUGAUUGUGGAGGGUGGUGAGAAGAAGGUGCGUCAAUGUACGAUCGAGAACCAGGAGCGACUGGUCGAGAAGAGCUUGCUGAAGAUGCGCAUCAAGCAGAUGGAGCGACAGCUCGAGAACCAGAGCGAUAAGAUGUACACGCUCGAGCGGCACCGGAUGGAGCUGGAGGCGGCCAUCAGCAAGCGCAUGGUGGACAUCAGCGCACAGAGGAAUAUGCUCCAGUUGCGACGCAAAUAUCUUGCCGAAGAGCGAGCCCAGCUGAAGGCGGACAUUACGGAGCGGACGCUUAAAAUUGAUCAGUUGAAAAAUCGCUACGAACUGUCGUUGGAUUUGCUGGGAAAAAAUGAGGAUGGCUCGAUUGUGACGGCAACGCAGAUAAAAAUCAAAACGGCCCAGGAGAAGUACAUGCUGCUACGCGAGGGCAGUGAGUUGAACGUGAAGAUACUAAAGGCGGAGGAGGACCUAAAGGCACUCGAGAACACGCUGAAGGUGAUGAAUUAUUCGAACGAGAAGUACAAGCGCGGUUUUCAGAAAGUGGAAGACGAAAAUCCCGACAUGAUUGCAAUGGAGAACAUCCAGGCGGACUAUUGCAAGGCGGUGGCCGCCUUGAAAGCGGUUCGUUCCGAUCUAGCCAUGAAUACGGAGAACUUGCACGACUUGAACGAGUGUCGCGAGCAAAACGACAAAGCCCUCGAGCAAGCCCAAAAGGAGCGUCUCGACAGCAACGAUGUGCUGCUACGAAUUCAAAAAGAGUUGCUGGAUCAGCGAACCAAAAUCCAACGAGCCGAGCGGGAACUGAAGCUGGCCAUUAAAGCGGCCAAGGCAAAGACGAACGAUGACGAUCUGAUGCUGAUCUUCCAGAAGGAUCUAAACCUGAAGGAGCUGGAGGAACGGAACGGGAUUGCACUGCAACAUUUGGCCGAUUUGGUCGAGCACAAUUCGGAAUUGGCGGCAUCGAUUAGCAAGCAUUGUUACGAGCGUGGUUUACGGUUGCCGCUGAUUAAGCGCACGAAGAGCCAGAUUUCAUGGCGGAGUGAGAAUUCACACGGAACCGAGUAUAGCGGUCGUGUUGAUACAAUUUCAUCGAAACAAGCAUCACGCCUGUCCAUCUGCACAACAACGUCAUCGCGGAACACGGACUCUUCGGAAGAUAUUGCAAAAUCGUUCGACAAUCGCAUGAGCGCCGGGCUUUCGGUCAUCCUGAUUGACUUCCCGGGCACGAAAGGGGGCGGAAGCAAAUCGAUGGGCGCUGGAGGAGGCAUGAAGAAGUGA